AUGUCGGAUAUCGCGGUAAAGGUAUAUCUACUUUCCACCAUGUCAAGUUCUGAAUAUCGAUCACAGGCCAUCUGGAAGGCUACUGUGACAUCGCAUGCUGAAAUCUCUGCAGCAAUUGUGUUGAGCAGCGCCGCAUUGGUAGGCGACCUGAACUGCCCUCUGGUGUGUAUCGCUGACACAACCUGCAGCUAUUAUGCCUAUCACAUUUGGUACUUACUUGCAAAUAUGUGGUAUCGGCCAGUCAUCGUUGUUGCCACGAUUUCCGAGUUUUUUGAUGUCUGUGGAAAUGAGAUCCUCCUUGCAAUCAUGUCAUGUGGUUAUAUGCUAGUUGUCAGCUGUGUACACGGGAUCUCGGCGAAUGAGUAUGCCCGGCUUAAGAUAGCAGCACCUCUACAAACCGUGUCCGCUUCAAUUGCGGAUAUCAUCACUACUACGACACUCGUAAUCUUUUUGCGAGACAAACACACCGGGCUGAAAAGAUCUUUCACUCCGCUGCCGCUAAAGGCUCAACUCCAGGUGUUUCAGUGGACGAAGCACGAUGACCAUGCCGACUUCCGUGAAUAUUCCUCUCGAAGACCUGGCUCGCAAGUGAUCUCGACAAAUGCUGAUUCGGAAAAUGUUGAAGACCCGAUGAUAUGGAGAAAUGGUAACAGAGGUAAAACCCAUUCAUGGAUUCCGAUUACGAGACGACACCGUGUACCUAUUUGUUCCAGCAUCCGGGUCCGCGAGCAUGAAGGCGGGAAACAUCUUGGCGAGUACGCAGCGCACAUUCUUCAUCCGCGCAGCUUGACGUACCGCACUCUAAUGGUGAGAUGCGGAUAUCUUAGUCGCAAAAUGGUGCUAUGCUGCGAGAUCACUAACCAGGCGCAAUCAGGGAAUGCUGGGCAGAUGAUACAAGGUAAGGACACGCACAUUUGUGCCGAACUUCUCGAGUGA